AUGACAGAGGGCGUACAGGAAACCCUUGCGGCUGUGUCGUCAGAAACCGCAGCAGUGCCACCAUCAGCAAGCGAAACACCAUCAGCAGCGGCCAGCGAAACACCAUCAGCAGCAGCUAGCGAAACACAGUCAGCAGCAGAUUCAGCGUGGUUAGCAGAUAUCUUGAAGAAGACACAGUGGGAAAGCAAGGGGCAGCAUGCGGCGCGCGUUGCCUUCAUGCGGACGGCUGUAGCGUCCAUGACUGCAUCGGGGGAGCUGAACGAGGAUACUUGCCGCCUCCUCUCUGGCCUCUUUUACUCGGUUAAAUAUUUGGGGUGUACGUACACCCCAGAGCUGGAGGCGCUUCUGUACAAGUACGAUUCUCAGCUGGCGGAAGAUGUGGCCAGCGCGCGAAAGAAAGAAGCCAGCAAGAGGCGCAAGGAACAACAACAGCAACAACAACAGUAG